GUUUCACAGGCUGAGACCAAAGUUUCAUUUCUCUCACUGGUAAGACAUACAUAUCUUUUUGUAAACAGACAGUUUCGCUAUGCAGAUAAGGCGGACGUAAUAAUGCUAAUUAUUGGAGCUAUCGGCAGCAUUAUUGUUGGAAUAUCCUUUCCACUAAAUUUGCUUAUUGUUACUGAAGUAGUCAAUGGAUUUGUGGGUCCCGAUGCUAACAUAGAAGCACUUAAGACCAUGGAUGAGAUGCUAAAAUGGUACAUCUUGCUGGCUUCAAUAACUCUUGCCGUUGGCUUUGCCCAAAUGUUUUGCUUCAGCCUGUCAUCUAAACGACAGAGCCGAAGGAUUCGACUAAAAUUAUUUAAGCAAAUGUUGCGACAAGAUGCCAGUUGGUUUGACAGGCAGUCCAUGGGAGACCUCAUUACAAAAAUGACUUCCCAGGUGGACCAAAUUGAAGCGGGUAUUGGCGAUCGACUGGGCCGCUUUUUGCAAAACUUGGUCCUUUUUAUCAGCUGUUUUGGGAGUGCUUUUCAAAAUCAGUGGAAGAUGGCCCUUGUAGGACUUUCCACCACACCUGUCAUUGUAAUAGCCUUCGUUAUUUUGGGUGUGGGUCUGAGUCGUUAUUCAACAAAGGAAGAGAAGGCUUAUUCGCGAGCUAAUAGCAUUGCGAGUGAAGUACUUUCCUCCAUUAGAACCGUGUUUGCUUUCAUCGGUCAAGAGAAGGAAUCGACUCGAUACGAUACAAAUCUGGGCGCAGCUGCGAGGGUCUCCUUCAAAAAGAACAUAGUCGUCGGCUUUGGUAAUAUUUCGAUUCCAUUUUUUUUGCAUUUAUGGAAACUUUUUGCGAUUUUCGCCUCUGCCGGUCUCACGUUCUGGUACGGUGCCAAGUUGAUGUUCAACGGAGAGCCGGGUGUGGAUGGUGGCAAGAUUGUAUCGGUUGUGCUGGCAUUUUUGGUGGGCAGCAUUGCACUCGGCCUUGUUCUUCCCGAAUUCACCUACUUCGCCCGUGCGGUCGCCGCCGCCAAGAGCACCUUCUGGGUCAUCGAGAGGGCCUCAUCCUACCACUCUGGCAGUGCCAACGUUUCACGUCCGAGGCUGCGUUAA